AUGAGGUUACACUCAUCCUUGAAAUCCAAGGUACUCCACCCAUGCACAAAACUUUUUCGAAUCUUCAGAUUCAAGCUCAAAAGGCCCUUCUUUAUAAGACCCCGUCAUGUUCGUCCUCACUACAACAAGGUUCAAACGACUCCCAAGAAGAAUAAGAUAACUGCAUUGUUCCGGUCAGCUUUCCGUUCACUGAGGAAGCCAAAGGGAAUGGACAGACUAGCAGCCAUCAAGAGUUUCUCCGAGAAAGGUGACCGUAGAGUGCUUCCUCCCUCACCAGUUACACCAGCCUAUGUGAAGGCAAUGGCUGAAAAAAGAGUAAACUCAGAUGACGACGAAGUGCAGGAUGCAUGCAGGAGUUUCGAGAACUACUUGGUGGAGAUGAUUGUUGAAGAAGGGAAACUGAGGGAUUUGACCGAUGUGGAAGAGCUUCUGUAUUGCUGGAAGAACCUGAAAUGCCCGGUUUACAUUGAUUUGGUUAGUAGAUUCUAUGGAGAACUUUGCAAGGACUUGUUCUCUCCUGACAAUACUGAUGGAAGUUGUAGUUUAUAG